AUGGAGCUCACGCCGGACUUCCUCCACACCGCCACCGAGUCCUACAAGGCAGAGAUACGCGCCGUCGACUUCGCUGAGGAUGAGGUCAGGGAGGAGACCAGGAAGGAGAUCAACCAGUGGGCGGCGGCGGCGACGAACAAUCUCAUCUCGGAGAUCCUGCCGGAGGGUUCAUUGACCGACCUCUCGAGGUUCGUGCUCACCAACGCCAUCUACUUCAAGGGCGCGUGGGAGACCCGCUUUCCCAAGAGUCUCACCGAGGACCACAAGUUCCACCGCCUCGACGGCGCCGACCCCGUCGACAUCCCCUUCAUGACCCUGCCGGGAACAUCCGAGCUCUUCGUCUCAUACAAUGCUGCCAUGUCGCGGUAUUCCAUGUGCGUCUUCCUCCCGGACGAGGACGACGGGCUGCACGCCAUGGUCAGCACUCUUGCGGAGGUGGGUGGCUCUCUGCUCGACCACGUGCCCAGGCACCGUAGCGGCGUGAGGAAGCUUUUGUUGCCCAAGUUGAAGCUGUCAUUCUUCUGUCGUCUCGCCCAAGUCCUUCGAGGCCCAGGGCUUCGGGAGGCGUUCACCGAGGAGGCCGCCGACCUGUCCGGCAUCGUGGACAAGAGCGUCUGCAACGUGCGCUUGGAUGAGGUGUUCCACAAGGCCGUCAUCGAGGUGAAUGAGGAGGGCACCGUGGCGGCUGCCUGCGCCGCCGUCAUCGGCCGCAAGAAGAAAUGUGCAAUGAGGUUGGAGUUCAUCACCGACCACCCUUUUGCGUUUUAUAUCGUGGAGGAGGUCUCAGGGGCCGUGGUCUUUGCCGGUCAUGUACUGGACCCUUCUAGCUCACAGUAAUAAUAAGCAGUAGCAAUUUUAUUAGAGCUCCUACUGUAAGAUUUGGUAUAAGCGUUCCCACUCCUCGAGGGAGCCGCAUUGUGUAUAUUUAAAUUGAGCAAACGAGCCUUGCCGUGGCGUACA